AUUUUAUAAUUUGUAUUCCUCAGUAUCCUAAAAGAUAUAUUUAAUUAUAAAUGCAAGACUGAAUUAUGAUUGACGACUGUAUUGUCAAUUUAAAAUUGUAUAUCUAGUAAAAAAACGGAUCUUCCUUCAAACGCCGGUUACUAUUGAACGAGGUUAGCGAUCGUUCUGUAUUUUUGAAUCACAAACUUCAUAUCAAUGACUGCAGCUUUAACAAUGCUGUUAAAGCAAACACACGUUUCAUUGUUACGGCAUGUAAAAAGUAUUUUAAAACGACAUGUACAAACGGGAGAAAAUAUUAAAACCAAAAAAUAUGGUGCCACUGUGUUAUUGCCGCAAACAAAAUUUCCAAUGCGACUUAGUGGUAAAAAACGAGUUGAUAUGGACAAUUAUUUAUUAGAGAAAUGUGGAUUCUCCGAAUUGUAUAGUUGGCAAAGAGCCAAUUGUAACGGACCUGAUUUUGUAUUACACGAUGGGCCUCCUUAUGCGAAUGGAGAUCCUCACAUGGGACAUGCUAUAAAUAAGAUCCUGAAAGAUAUCACUAUUCGAAGCAAAGUGAUACGUGGUCAAAGAGUGCACUAUGUACCAGGAUGGGACUGUCAUGGUCUCCCAAUUGAACUGAAGGCUUUAAACAGCAUGGAUAAUACUGAGAAGAACUUAGCACCACUGCAAAUCAGACAGCAGGCCCGCAACUUUGCCAAGAAUGCGAUAGUGAAGCAACGCGAAGUUUUUUCCUCGUGGGGUGUUAUGGCUGAUUGGAAGGAAACUGGCAGUUACUUUACUAACCAGACUUCAUAUGUAACAAACCAGUUGCGCCUGUUUCAACAAUUGUACGAAAAGGGUCUGAUUUUUAAGGACUUUAAGCCUGUUCAUUGGUCGCCUUCUUCGAGAACAGCUUUGGCAGAGGCUGAACUGGAAUACAACAAUUUCCAUAAAAGUACAUGUGCUACCGUACGAGUUGCGGUUUGCGAUUUGCCUUUGGCAUUACAGAGUUUUCAAGGUCGUCGAGUAUUCGCUCUCACGUGGACAACGACUCCUUGGACUCUGUUGGCUAAUCAGGCUUUGGCGUAUCAUUCUGAUAUCAAUUAUUGCAUAGCGGAAGACGCACAAGGAAAUCUAAAUAUUGUUGCUGAAGACCGGCUGAAUAGUUUAAUUGAAAAAAUUGGACCUUUGAAGAAAGUAGCAUCCAUGACUGGGAAUGAACUUGCUGGAGCAAUGUAUCUUCAUCCAAUAUCUGGGAAUCCUUUACCAUUUUUACAUGGAAGUCAUGUGACAACUACUCUGGGUACGGGUUUGGUGCACACCGCACCUGCUCAUGGCUCAGAAGACUUUUUGGUUGCUUUGGAGAACAAUAUACCAGUUAUAUCUCUUGUGGAUGAAAGCGGUCGGUACACCUCAGAAGCUGGAGGGGAAUUUGCUGGAUUGUUUGUGUUGACCGAAGGUUCCGAAACUGUAUUAAAACACAUAAGUGAUAAUGUAUUGCAUACAGAAAUUAUCGAGCAUAGUUAUCCAUAUGAUUGGCGCACGAAGAAGCCUAUCAUAAUGAGAGCCAGUCAGCAAUGGUUUAUCGAUACUGCUGCUAUAAAGCAAGAUGCUUUGAAUAGUCUGACCGGCGUGAAAAUAUAUCCAGAGGUGAGCAGCCAAUCCUCCCGUACAGCGUUGUUAGGUCAAGUUGAAAAGAGACCUUACUGGUGCAUUUCUCGACAACGUGUAUGGGGCACGCCUAUACCAGUCUUGUAUAACAAAGAUACUGGAGAUGUAGUUACGAACAGAGUUUGGGUUGAGAGACUUUGUAGCUUGAUUGAGAAACAAGGACCCGAUUGCUGGUGGCAGUUGCCUAUUGAGAAACUGGCAGGGCAUCAGUUACUGGAAGAUUUGAAAUUGGAUGGUUCUCAAUUGGAAAGGGGACAAGAUAUACUAGAUAUUUGGUUCGACAGUGGUAUUUCUUGGUCCACCGUUUUACCGGAAAAACAAGCUGACCUUUGUUUGGAAGGCAUAGAUCAGUUGACUGGUUGGUUUCAGUCAUCAUUGUUAACAUCGGUGGCGCUUCAGGGACGUCCGCCAUAUAAAGCAUUAUUUAUUCAUGGAUUCGCUGUGGAUGAGAAAUCUCAUAAAAUGUCAAAGUCCAUUGGAAAUGUUGUGAAUCCGGAGGAAGUGACAAGAGGUGGGAAAGACUUGAAGAAAAAACCGGCAUUCGGCGUGGAUACUUUGAGGUGGUGGGUAGCCAGUCAUGGCAGUCAACACAGUCAAGUUCCGGUUGGAAAUAAUUUACUGAGCGGAAGUGCUGACGAUGUUCAAAAGCUUAGGCUAAUUUUGCGUUUUCUAUUGGCCGCUCUGCAUCCGUAUACUUCUUCUAGUGCUGUCGAGCCACAAUACUUGUAUCUGGAUAAAUUUAUGCUAGAUCGACUGUACCAUUAUGAUAAAAAGGUAAUGAAAUUCUACGAUGAAUAUCAGUAUCAUCAUGUUUGUAAGACUAUACUACAUUUUGUCACCAAUGAUGUGUCAGCCGUGUUUUGUCACCUGAUAAAAUAUAGACUUUACUGCGAGGCAUUGACAUCACCUUAUCGUGCAGGGACUGUCGAUGUAAUUGGUGAAAUCUUAGCAGUUCUUGCAAGAUCAAUUGCACCGAUUCUGCCACAUCUCGCAGAAGAAGUUUGGCUUCAUCAUCCAGAGAAUCUGAGUUCGGUACCACUGUUCCACUCUUCACAUAAAAUACCGGAAAGCUGGAAACAGCCACAAGUGGUGAAAGUUAUUGAUGCCGCGUUACGCCUCAAGGCUGAGCUCAAUAAAGAAAACAAAGUAAACACUUGGCAGUUAGCAGCAACUGCCAUUGUUGACUCCAACGAUUACUCCUUGUUAUCUGUUUUACAGAAUGAAAAACAAUCCUCAGUAUCUGAACUUUGUGACAUUUUGCAAGUGUCAUCGUUGGUCUUGGUUGAAGGUAAGGAGAAAGGUAUAACGGUGGAAACUGAACCGACGAACAAAUCACUCUGUCAAAGGUGUAGAAGACAUCCCGAAUCAGAGCCAGGGGAACCAUGUACUCGCUGUGCAAAAAUUCUUGCUGUAAAUAAUGGAUUAUAAAAUCCGGUAUUUCUAUUACCUAUUUUCUCCACAAUUUUUGUACUCAGAAUUCCGUAAAGUAAAAUAGAACAAUUAUAGUGAUACGAUCAUA